UCCACUUUGCUGCAAUUUGCAAAAAAUAAAAAAAUCCCUUCAGUUCCUUCAACAAGGUCUUUAAAAUGCCAAAUUGCGUAAGCUGUCAGCAUUUCAGAAGGCACUAUUAAGAACACAUCUACACUCCAUACCACUAACUUGGUUUAUAAUUAUACAAUAGCCUUUUGGCACAAAGUCCUGUCCUGUGUAAACUCAAAUAAAAACUCUGCCCCCACAGACCAAGUAAUAUAAUAGUACAGAAAUUGACUUGCCUGUUUGUUUGGCCAGUGCUCAACAAGAUAUUACUUAGAUAUUAAUAGCAACCUCCGUAGAUCUUCAGAGGGACCCUAUUCCAUAUCUGCUAUUCACUUGUGCAAUUCCUGGCACUCACAGAUGACACUGCACCUGAUAAGAGUUACCUGAGCACAGCGAUUGUCUGGUACUCUGUUAUCACACUUGAGAUUUACUGAAACCUCAGCAGAAGGUACAAUCUGACAAGCGAAGGAAGUGCACAUGACACACAGAGACGUUGCUUCACAAAGUGGCGAACCGCCCUCUACCAACAAAAAUAAGAUCAGGCUAGAUGGCAUUCAUUGUUUUGUUUUUUUAUUAUUUUGUUUAGCAUGUUGUUAUUACUAUUAAUACAAAAUGAAACUGCCUGAUAAAACCGCAAAAUAUGUUUCCUGUUGUAAGAAUAUGUUUGAUCCUUUUGUGAAACAGAGUGCACCAAUAACACUGGAAGGAGAUGCCCAUUCCUCCCUGCGCUGCCCCCUCUAACUCAGGAACCCUAGAAGAUUAAAGAGCUGCAAUGGAGCCCCCCCUGCAGGAAGGCUUGGACUGUGUCAGGAGCUGGGCUUCAGUUCUCCUUCACCCUUACUGGCACUGGAGCUCCCAGCGGGCAAGAGCUCCUUCUAAACAAUAUCAGGGCAUGCCAGGAGUGGGAAUAUGAAGCCUUCCAAUGCAGCACUAGCAACCUUUUUUGCAGGCUCCCCCCAAAACGUCUUUACACAAAGAGUGGUGAGAGCGUGGAACAAGCUAUCCAGCCAUACAGAUGAGGCUUCUUUCAAGAAACAGCUGGAUGAGGUCCUGGCAUCAAUUAGCAGCAAGCAGCCAGAUGGGUUGUAGUGUGAUCUUGCCCUGUGCUCUCUGUCUCUGGGCUGCCGAAAAACCCUUACCAGUCAACAAGCACCUUCCUCACAAUUAAUGCAUUAUUAUUUCAAUUGCAGGGUUAUUGUUCGGCUGACGCAAAACAAAUCGACAGCUCCGUAUUGCUUUUUGCUAACUUAAACCCCUCCAUUUGAGGAAGUACGGCUGAAGGACUAACCGUAUAUACCGUUAGCCAGUACAGCCCGAUAAAUAAAAGCGAAGAGAUACGGGACUAUGAACUCGCUGCUUGCGGCUGGCGUCCAAUGCAGCGCUGCAGAUUCCGCAGACUCGGGAGGGAGUGAUGGACGACUCCGCGGACACGGACGCGAUUCUCCCCGACGACCCCGGGACGCAGGUCCCGGCCGGCCCCGCACCGAUCGCAGGCUCGGUUUCCGAGCUGGCGCCGGUCGUGGCCGUGACGGACGGCCGUGGCUGCUGCCGCUGCGGGCGGCCACCCUUUCCUUGCCGGCUACCUGUCACCGUGGAGCCCGUACUGUUCCUGUGCACCUUCUCCUUGGUCCUGCAGACGCCGCUGUGCACGCAGUACCUAUGGGACCGCAUUAGCGAGGACCUCGGGUACAAUGGAACUCGAGAAGGCGGCUGCAGGAACGACUCUGGGCCGCAAACUCUGCAGACGGAGGUGGAGACCCUCACGGCCCACUGGAACCUGUACAUCAGCCUGGGGGGCUUUGUGGUGGGGGUCUUCACCGCCACGCUCAUGGGCUCCUGGAGCGACAGGGCGGGCCGCCGGCCGGUGCUGAUGCUGCCCAGCCUGGCCCUGGCCCUGCAGGCCGGCGUCUACCUGCUGGUGAUGUACCUGCGGCUGCCCGUGGCCUGGUUCCUCCUGGGGCGCCUCCUCAGCGGGCUCAGCGGAGACUUCAACGCCGUCCUCGCCGCCUGCUUCGCCUACGUGGCGGACGUCAGCGACGCGCGCUCCCGCACCUUCCGCGUGGCCGUGCUGGAGGCCUGCAUCGGGGUGGCGGGCAUGCUGGCCAGCGUCGUGGGGGGCCAGUGGCGCCUGGCGCAAGGGUAUAUUAACCCCUUCUGGCUCGUGCUGGCCACAGCCAUGGCGGCGGCCCUCUACGCCUACCUCUUCGUGCCCGAGUCGGUGCGCCCGGACCCAGGCGCCCGGCUCUUCUCCAUGGAGCACUACCGGGCGGUGGGACGGCUGUGCGCCGCAAACGGGGGGGGUGGCCGCCGGAGCAGGCUGUGGCUGUACCUCCUGUCCUUCUUCGUCGUGGUCACGGUCCACUUCGGGAGCCGGGGCCUGUACGUGAUAUACGAGCUGAGUGCCCCCCUGUGCUGGGGCCCGGUGCUGAUAGGCUACGGCUCGGCCGCCCAGUACUUGAGCUCCCUCACCAGCCUGCUGGGGCUGCGGGCCCUGCAGUGGUGCCUGGAGGACUCCUGGAUCGCCGUCAUUGGCCUGGCUUCCAAUAUGGCCAGUCUGGUGGUCAUCGCUGUGGCCAGCACCACCACGCUCAUGUUCACAGGUAGGGGGCAGGUGGUCUUUCAGUUGACCAGUUCACUCGGGCCUUGGCUCCUUUAAUUGGUCGAGACAUGAUUGAUUGACUCCUUGGGUUGGGAAUACUUGAGUCACGCAUACCAGUGUGCAAGACGACUCCAUUUCUUUCUUCAAGGAAUUCGCUAACAAGUCUUUUCAGAUGACUUGUUUUCUUUUUUCAAAUCCAGAGAACUUUGCCCAUUCAGUGUUUAGUUAAUGAUUGCAGGUAACCCCCCGAGGCCUAAGAAAACAUACGUCCUACCAUAUUUCACCUGUCUGUCUUGUGAGGAGAGGCUUUCUUGGCAUUUUUAGACUGCUGGAGAAGAAUGUGUUGAGAUCGCUCACCCGGAAUAAGUCAGGCACGUUUGUGAAUUAGAAGGAAAAGUCUGAGGGGAGAGUGGAGGGACCUCUGGCUCAGCAUUCCUUUCAGAAAAAGAAAACGGAGCGCUCAUGCCUAGAGCUGGGUCUCCUUCCUGCUGAUAUCUGGGCACAGCGGCUGACUUGAGGAGAUUAGGCCAGCGAGUUAGGAACUGAGUCAGUUCUCUUAUGUUUUCACAGCCCAGAAUGGUUAACGGAAUGAUGUUCAGAGGCUGAAUACUGACACAUGUACCCGGUACGAAACAGUGAUGUUCAGCAGGUGCUUCUGAGAGUCAGUGUGGUGUCGUUUCAGUAGGUGUAAAUUUAGUACCAAUGUAGCAGUCUUUCUUCCCACUGACCACUGCUGUAGCACUGCUCUCUAGUGGACCUCUAAAUGCAUAGAACCUGUUAAAAUGGGUGGCCAUUGGUCUUGGCUUUCAGCAGUCUUUCCUUCCUUGUUCCUGGGUCCUACAAACCAAGCUAGCGUUGUAUUUUUGCAACUUUUUACCAAGAAACUUAACAGCUCAGUUUACAUUUAUAUCCCUGGCAUCGCUAUGAAG